UGCGCGGAAGGUUCCCGUUUAAUAUUAAUGAGUGCGCGCAUUGGCUCAGACGCGCGUCAAUCCCGCAGCGCGACUUCUGUAGGCUGGCACACUUCCUUCAAUAUUAUUUCUGGGGGAGCAGGGUAAAAGUACCAAAAAAUGUUGCCGAUCCACAACACCGGGACGGACUGAAUGGAGGCAACGCUGCCGGGGAGCGGAGUUAAUAAAUCCGUCUAGAGUCAACCGCGACACUCACCGGUAAGAAGAAAUACGAGAGCGGCUUGUUGAGUUCUCCGUAGACGUCCAGCCCUCGGCCUCCCCAUGCCUCCAUCUCCUCUCGACGACAGAAUUGUGGUGGCGCUGCCAAGGCCUAUCCGACCUCAGGAACUCCAACUGCGCCUGGACACCAGCUACCUGGACUCCAUCAGCACCAGCAGCAGCAGCAAGACCGUCAUCAGCACCACCGUGGUGAAGAUCCGGGCGACGGCCAAUCUUGUAACGUAUAUGCCCUCAUCCAAGGGCUCCACGCGCUCGUUGUCGUGUGGAUGCAGCAGUGCCAGCUGUUGCUCUGUGACUACCUAUGAGAAGGACAGCCAGAGCCUCAGCCACAGCCAGGUGAGCGCCAGCAGCCCCAACCUCAGCUAUGCUGCGCCGCCCACGCCUAUGGUCAGCAACCAUGAAGCACUGAGCGCCCCCAGCCUCGCCCCGGGCACGCCGAAGGCCCUGUCCACCCUGAGGGUCAUCCACCCCAAUGAGCUGGCCAAGAGGAUGACCUGCUGCCCCAUGGGCCACCCCAUAGGGCCCGUGCCGGUCAUCAUCGACUGCCGGCCCUUCAUGGAGUACAACAAGAGCCACAUCCGGGGGGCGGUGCACAUCAACUGCUCCGACAAGAUCAGUAGGCGGCGGCUGCAGCAGGGCAAGAUCACCGUGCUGGACCUCAUCUCCUGCCGCGAGGGCAAGGACUCCUUUAAGGGCAUCUUCUCCAAAGAGAUUGUGGUUUACGACGAGAGCACGGCGGACCCCAACCGGCUGACGUCCUCCCAGCCUCUACACGUGGUCCUGGAAUCGCUGCGGAGGGAGGGCAAGGACCCCAUCGUCCUCAAAGGAGGCCUUAGCUGCUUCAGGCAGAGCCACGAAAACCUGUGUGAGCACUCGCUGCACCUUCACGAGGGCUUGGACACGGGCGCAGCCGCCGGCCUGACGGGGGCUCUACCUCACUCCCUGCCCUCCACCCCGGACAUAGAGAAUGCAGAGCUGACGCCAAUCCUGCCCUUCCUUUACCUGGGGAACGAGCAGGACGCUCAGGACGCCAACCUGCUGCAGCGCUUGAACAUCGGCUACAUCCUGAACGUGACCACCCACCUGCCGCUCUACCACUACGACACGGGUCUCUUCGUCUACAAGCGCCUGCCCGCCACUGACAGCAACAAGCAGAACCUGCGCCAGUACUUUGAGGAGGCGUUUGAAUUCAUCGAGGAAGCACAACAAGCUGGUAUGGGCCUACUGAUCCACUGCCAGGCCGGCGUGUCUCGAUCAGCCACCAUCGUGAUCGCCUACCUGAUGAAGCACACCUGGAUGACCAUGACCGACGCCUACAAGUUCGUCAAAACCAGGAGGCCCAUCAUCUCCCCGAACCUCAACUUCAUGGGCCAGCUGCUGGAGUUCGAGGAGGACCUCAACAACGGAAUAACGCCACGAAUCCUCACGCCAAAGCUGAUUGGCGUGGAAACCGUCGUCUAAGCAGACCCCUCGACCCUCGACGCUCGUACUCGCUUCAGGAGAGACUGGUUGCUCGUCGAGCCCGCCGUGGAGCGCGUGACAGAGACGCUGUAUUCUUUUAUGAAUCUCCUCAUGCUCAUCUUGGACUCUCUAGAGUGCCAAAGCUCUGGGUCAGUGGUGAAGAGAAAUGCCAAAAAUCCCUACUGUUUGGACCUGGCCGAAGUCCCGGAGGAAAAGAUGCGUUAGAGAGUGAGAGAUAGAGGAAGAGGUCAGUGGGAAGCUUUCCUUUUGUGACUGCAGAGGAGUGCACACGAGGGUAGAAGAGAAUCGGUAUGGAAAAGAUAUUCUUUUGUGCUUUAGGGGCAGUUACUGUCAACAGAAACUCUUGAAGCUCAAGUUUAUGUUUGCAGACUCAGGCGGUGUUGGCCACGGCAGUGCCUGUCAAUAAAAACAAAAAAGAAAAAAAAACAACAAAAAAAAGAUGACGACUUGUUUGGUGUGUUAAUGUUGUUGUUCUAUUUUUAUACAGGGAUUUACGGGGGUGACCAUGACGAGCCCAUAGCGGCUUACUGUGCAAUAAUUUCAGAGUGGAAUGCAACCUUCGAUCUUAUGUGUAUAUAUCGGUGAUGAUUACGAAACAUUUCCAGCUCUUUGCUGAUGAACCAUUUUAAUGUUAAUAUAACUGCUGUUGUUCAUUUCUAUGGUGCAUACAGAUAGGCUGUAAAAUUUAGGCGCAAACGUGUUUAAGAGAAAGGAAAAAAAUGGGGCUUUACUAUAUCGUUUUUUGUUUUUUUUGUCAGUUGAACCACAAAAUCUUUUUUUUUUUGUCCUUGCUUCUUCGUUUCAGCAUUCCUGCAUCCACAUAUGCAUAUAUUUUAGCAAUACACAUAUUACCAGACAGCCAUAAGAGCUUUUUUUUUUUUUUUGAUGCAUGGCUGCUGGCAGAGGAAAGAAUAAUCAGUGAAUAUUGUAAAACAGGGCUACUGGUGAAUUUCACUGCCUGCUUCUGUCUCCUCUGUUUGUUUAUUUUUUUUUUUUUUUUAGCUUUGGUUCAUCCAGCCCUGUUGUAAUGUAGCUACAUCUUAUGCUCCUGUCCAUGCCCUACAUUGUGAGCUAUGGUUUAACCCUUCCUGAAGUAGCAGAGUUGAGGUGCAGGCCUCAAACAACCACGCACUUCCUGUGGUUGCACAGCAGAGCAGCGUGACCCCCUCGUCUAAUCUUAACCAACUCCCCCGGCCGCUGACUCUGAAGCUACAGCUAAGUGAGCUCUCCUCCCCUGAAUAGGCAAGCGCCGCCGUCACGUGCUGCUCUAGUGCCUCUAUCAAUGCCUUAAUUCAUGUGUCAUGUGAAUGCAGAACACGCCAAGGCUGAACUUUCUAGCUUGCGGACGGAAGUCGACCCACUCCUCUUCCUGUAACAUGUAAAAUUCUGCCGUUCCUGAUCAGUAUGCAGAUACUGGGAAAACUGCAUUCAAAUAAGAGGUAAAAAUAAAAUGUCAUGGGAUUUAGUUUUUGCGAAAGACGAAACCACCGUGAAUUGUAAGUCAAUCUAACAGUACUGUAGUGGCGAGUAUAUGAACACAGCAGGUGUGUUUAAAUAUGCUCACAUGUGAAGCAUUUUUCAACAAAUAUAUGCUUUUUUUUUUAACUUCUCUUAUUCCUUUUUCAGUCGUUAGUGUACGGAUUAUAAAAAAAACUCAUUUAAAAGCAGCCAAAUCACGCGUCUCAUGAUCCGAUUGGCUUUGAUUUGAUAAAUCCAAGGGCCGACGAUGUUUUUCCAACACAUAAACGAGCAUAAACACACGCGGAGUUUAAACCCAGUAUUUUAUAGUUGGCUUACUCCAAGUAAGUCAGCUAAGUAAAUUAUGAUCCCAGUCCUGUUUAUGUUCGUAAUGUUCUUCUGGUUUCUGUUCAUCGUCUGCAUGAAAAUAAAAGGCAGAAAAUGAAGCACAGGGCUAACAAUAUCAUUGCCAAAGCACCAAAAAAAAAUAAAGAAAGAAAGAAGUAAAAAAUACAAACCGUUAAAUCUUUAAGACUGAACCCAAUAUGUUCGAAAAAUUGAUCAUCUGCCUCUGUCUCUGACUCGGUACGGCUUUACGACACACUCACGACAAUGAGCUUGAAGAAUCCCUCAUGUGAAAAAAAUUCAUGCUAUGCAAAAUGAAACCGUUACAGGUCGCGUUCCAGGCUGUCGGGGGAAAGAGCUCUCUGCCAAGCAUGAAUGAGAAGUUUGCAGAGAUUUACAGAGAGAGACAGGUUAAAAGAAAUGGUGUCUACCUGGUGCUUUGAGACACGUUUGACACAGAAGGCGUUUAAUAACCAUUUAGCCCACGUUUGUAGCUUAUAUUCAGUGGUUAACAUUUUGCAAAACAAAAAAAAAGAAAAAAUGGAGGGAGCUUAUCAUCUGAGCCAAGGUUAUAUUAGAAAAAAUGCACCUUUUCAUCCCACCUGCUGGUUCCUACCUACAACCACAGCAGCACAUGGCUUUUGUAUGUACCGAUCUAUCUGACUGAAUAAUGUAACCGUCGUACUGUACGUUAGUCUCUGGUUGGAAACGAAGCAUGCUGUGUGCUCCUGGCUCCCGUGAGGGGCUCUCGCAGACAUUAUGGUGCUGUCUGUCUGUCUGUCUGUCUGUUUUUUGCCACACUGCUCCUCGUGUAGAGGUCAUAGCCUGACUGACAGCUGCAAAAAGACACCUGGGCUCGUUCCCCCGUCAUUUGGACUCGGAACAUUGUGACGCGUGUGACGAGCACUCUUUACGACUAGACUUGUUGGAGAGUCUCUGCUUUGGGCUCGGAGGCUCCGGCGGACGUCGCUCUACAAGUAUCUUUCUUUGUGUCUGUAGUCAACGGUCAAGUAUAUACAGUAUAAAAAUAUAUAUCUAUUUUCUUUGUAUGCAUAUAUAUAUAUAUAUUCAUUACUAUUUUUGCACUGACCUACGGACAGAUGGAUUUAUUUUUUUUCCACAAAAGGGUGCUAUUAUAACGGAGGCCUUCUCCCACACCUUUUUUUGCAUGACUUGCUCAAAAUUCCUCUACUGGUCUGUCAUCUCUCCGACUCUUCUUCUACUACUGUUGCAAUUGAAGCACUGUAAUUUUGUAAAUCCCUACUUGUGAGCUUUGAAAUAAACAGGGAGGCUUCAAAGUUUU